AUAGCAACUAGCGGUUUUCGCUUUAUCACUAUCCAGAUGAAACAACAGUUUAUAUUAUACCCCAACCUAGAUUUAUAACUACAGUCGUGACAAUGAAUAAGAAAACCCAAAAAAGAAAACGAGAAACGGCUCAACAAGACAAACACAGUCCUUCUACCAGAAAGCCCGGACAGGACCCCGCGAUCUCUCAGCUCAGUCACAUCGGAGAUGGAGAUAAAGCUCAGCAGCUGAACGGGACCAAGACAAAUUCUAAGUCCUCAUUUGGAGCAAGAAAUGUAAUUGGACACGAGAAGCUGCCACCCAUGUCGACCUUUUUAAACAAACUACCCCUUAACCCGGGCGUGUCAGCGGAGGACAGUUGCUGUGGUGAUGGCGCGGUCAACUCACAAACGGUCCGUUCAGGGACCCAGGUCCGGGCGGUGAAGUUGCCUCCAUCCGGUGAACACGUUGUCACCGAGAGGCUGGAUGUGCCACAAGCUGCCGCUGCAGGUGGACAACUCCUGAACCCAGACAAUAUCACCGCAACAUCAUCCAGCCUCAGUGCAGCCACCUGCUUUACCAUCCCGCCAAAAGAGGAAGAUCUGUGGCAGAUGCAGUCUGUCCAAGACAAGAAUGGACGUAUUAAACGGCCAAUGAAUGCCUUUAUGGUGUGGUCUCAUAUCCAUCGAUGUGUCUUACGCAAAGCCUACCCCGGAGUCAGCAUGAUAGACGCCAGUGUUCAACUGGGCAUUGAGUGGUCAAAGCUGAGCGCAGAACAGAAGAGCCCCUACUUUGAAGUGGCUGACAAACUGAAAAACAUGCACAAGCAGCAAUUCCCUGAUUAUGAGUUUCGCCCCCAGAAGAAGAGAGGCAGAGAGUGUUUGUCCUCAGGGUGGGGAACAGGACAGGGAGAAGGACAGGACCCCGGGAUUCCCUCUUUUGUCUCACAGGCCAUACCUCCAGUUGUACCUCCAGCCAUUCCUCCAGCUCAGGCCAACAUACUGGGUCUUACCAUGUACCCAUAUCCCACCCUGAUGGGCUACAGACUGGGCUACCAUCCUUGCCCAUCUUUUUGUCCAUAUCAUGCAAUGGGCCUGUACCCCAACGUCCAGAUCCAUGAUUCAAGUCACCCAAAUGCCAACAGCUCCUCGGAGGAAGUGAGGAAUUACCACAACAAUCACCUGCCAAGGGAUGACACCGCUGUGGCUGCAGAGCAUCUGCGACCUGAUCUUAGUCAUGAAGUCCUCUUUGAAUCUAGCACAACAUCUGAGAGCCUGGGCCAGCCUGACAUUGUCACCAGCAUCAAAGUGGAGUGUAAAUGCGAGGAUGAUGUGGACGUUGUUGGACUGCUUUAAGAGACUUUCAGCACACACACACACACAGUAGACACACCAUAUUCUGAUAAAAAAUAUAUAUAUUUAUUUUACCUGAUUGUCAGCCGUAAUUAUAUUCAGACCUUAUACAUGUGCAUAGUUUCAUCCUUCCACGAUGACCUGAGAGGCCAAGAGGGUUCAUAAGAUAAAAGACAGUCAGUUCCAAACAACUGAGAUCUGCAAACGAGCAGCAGUACUUUUACACGCUAUUCUGUGACACACUGGAAGCCAGCGCAGUGACCUGGGCACACAUUUAUCAAACUACUAAAAGUCAGAUUUCUGUGUGGUAAGAGUAAUUAUAGCAAGAAGAAGAAGAUUGAAGAUUGACAUUGAUUUUAUUUGCACUCACUGUCGAAGUAUAUUCAUUGUCUGCACUUGUUAUAGUGGUAUUAAAUUCUCCUCAAUAUAUGACUGAUGUCUACUAACAGUAGAAUGACCUGUAGCAUAAUUCUGUUUCCAUUUUAGACGAUUUUCUAUGAUUUCAUCCUUAUUUAUAUACUGUA